UUUUAAAGUGCGCUGACCGGGAGAAAGUGAAGAGAAAGAAAGUGACCAUCGAAGAAUACAAAUAAUCUACACUGAAAGCGUUAAGGUGCUCUUACACUUAGUUUUUUUUUGUAUACACUUUCGUACAUAUAUCUUUUUAUAUUUUUAUUGUGAAGAAAACUGGAGUACAGUAUAGUGAAAAAAUAUCAAAAAGUAAAAGAAAACAAUGAAGAUAAGUUGACAAUAAUUGUGGUUUUUGUAAAAUGAAUGGGUAACCCGCCCCGCUCCCUUAACAGCCAACCUACGCCAAGUGGUCGACCUCUUCGUCAAGGAGAAUGCUGAGAACCGCGAGCGUGUCCCAAUACAGAGGACUGAUCUUCCCGGGAGGCUUCAGCUAUGCGGACACUCUAGGAUCGGCCAAGGGCUGGGCGGCCAACAUUCUCCACAACCCCAUCCUUUUACCGCAGUUUCAGGCCUUCAAGCGCAGUGAAGAUGUUAUCUCGUUGGGCAUUUGCAAUGGUUGCCAACUGAUGACUCUUAUUGGAUUUGUGGGAUGUCCAGGCAGCGCGGUUGGUGUAGAUCCCGAUGUGGCCCUACUCCACAACCGAUCAGAGCGAUUCGAGUGCCGCUGGGCAACAGUGAGAGUUCCAUCCAAUCGCUCUGUCAUACUCGGAAGCAUGAAAGAUCAAAUUCUAGGCUGUUGGGUGGCUCACGGAGAAGGUCGCUUUGCAUUCCGAGAGGAGAAGCUCAUAAGCAUACUGCAGUCGGCUGAGCUGGUGACACUGCAAUCUGUUGAUGAUACAGGCGAGCCCACUGAACUCUAUCCACUUAAUCCGAACGGCAGCCCUAGGGGAAUUGCUGGACUUUGCUCGACUGAUGGACGUCAUUUGGGCUUAAUGCCACACCCAGAGCGUUGCUCGGCUAUGAACCAGUGGCCAGAUGUUCCACCUUUUUUCGAGGUUUCCCCUAAACAGGCUGAGAGUCCUUGGCAGAUUAUGUUUAACAACGCAUACAAUUGGUGUGUUAAUUCGGAUUCAUAAAAAUCCUACCGGUAAAAGAAACAUAUACAUUCUACAGAACACGAAUUUGUCUACUAUUUUAAUACAAAAUACCUUUAACACCUGUAAA